GCACUCCCCUGGUGAUUCUUCCAAUGCUACCUAUGUGUGGCCCCAAGACUGCCGCUUGGCGCUUUGUGUUCUAGCGUUUCUAGGGCGGCAGGGCAAGGCGCAGCGGCGCUACGGCGCAAGCCAAAUGCGCUGGGAAUCGGCGGGUUGCGCUUGGAUGUGAUCGCUUGGCGUUGGAUCGGCUGUCGAUCGGCUCGCGCUUGAGUUUUGAUCCGAGAAGCAUGGCGUAGGAUCGAUCUAUGAGAGUCGGAUUGGGUCAAACAGGAAUCGACUUGCUGCGUAAAGCGAUGAGGUGGCUCUUUGGUUGCUUCAGCAGUCGCAAAGAGAGACCAAAUCGACAAAAGAAGGUGGAUUGGUGGAUUGGUACUGAUUUUCUUUGUAUUGUUUCACGGCGGUUCUUGCAGCGUGUGAAGCUUUUUGCGACUGCGUGUCAAGCUCUCCUACAGAAAGCUUCAAGCCGGCCUGACAAGGCACAAGUACUUCCGGACUCUGGAUUGGAAAAUGACGAGAAAGGAAUAUCCCGACGGCGUGAUCCAGAGCUGAUCAAGGCACGCGAUAAAUUGCGAGCUCACGAUGAUCCUGAAGCCGGCUUACCACGUGAAGAUCAUAACAAGGAAGCGUUUCAUAGCGCAGCUCACGAGGGCGACGGAGACCUUUCAGUACCGGCAGAGUCGAGCAUUCAUGGCAAGGACUCCCGUGACGAUUAUCUCAGCAUCGACUCGGUUUUCCCGGCCUCUUUAUUCUCGGACGAGAGGUUUGGCUCCUCGGAGGGCGAUUUUUCUAUUUGCAAACCCGCUCCUCGCAGCUUCAAAAAGACCGAGGUCUCAGAGGACUCCACCUCCCUCUCGAGCGAAACCAGGAGCACGCAAACGCAGAUGAGCUUUGAUGAGAAGCCGAUCAUGGGUCUGGUUGCGACCGACUGGCUCGAGCCGGACACUUCGGAAGUAAAGUCUUACAAGGCGUGGGAUGGGAAAGGGAUCCCAAACUCCCCCUCCAAAUACAAGGAGGAUCAGACGAUAAACUUCCAAACGAUGUCGUUUGAGGCACGGCUUGAGCGUGCACUGGCUGCUCAGAGCGUGAUGGAACACUGAGUAAGCCUGGAAUACAUAAUGUAAACUUAGAGCUAAUGUUCCAGCUCUUGUUUUUUAAUGGUGUUUAUAACUAAAGAUGAAAAAAA